AGUCUCGUGCGCCUGAGUCAGGGGGGAGCGGGCGCGAUGGCGCUGGAGACCCUGUCCCCGGACUGGGAGUUCGACCGCCUCGAUGACGGCUCGCAGAAAAUUCAUGCUGAAGUGCAAUUGAAGAAUUAUGGAAAAUUUCUCGAGGAAUAUACAUCUCAGCUGAAGAGAAUUGAAGAUGCUUUGGAUGACUCUGUUGGAGAUGUUUGGGACUUCAGCCUUGAUCCCAUUGCAUUAAAGCUUUUGCCAUAUGAACAGUCCUCCCUACUAGAGCUCAUAAAGACAGAAAACAAGGUUCUAAACAAAGUAAUAACUGUGUAUGCUGCUCUCUGCUGUGAAAUCAAGAAGUUAAAAUAUGAGGCAGAAACUAAAUUUUAUAAUGGCCUCUUGUUUUAUGGAGAAGGAGCCACAGAUUCCAGCAUGGUGGAGGGAGAUUGCCAAAUACAGAUGGGAAGAUUUGUUUCUUUCUUGCAGGAGCUGUCUUGCUUUGUUACCCGAUGUUAUGAAGUGGUGGUGAAUGUAGUGCAUCAGUUGGCUGUUCUCUAUACGAGCAACAAGAAUGCACCAAAAAUUAUAGAGACGUCUGGAGUUCAUUUUCAGGCAAUGUAUGAGCACCUGGGGGAAUUGCUCACAGUCUUAAUCACUCUGGAUGAAAUAAUUGACAAUCAUGCCACUCUGAAAGAUCACUGGACCAUGUAUAAGAGGCUGCUAAAAUCUGUCCAUCACAACCCUUCUAAGUUUGGGAUUCAAGAAGAUAAACUGAAGCCUUUUGAAAAGCUGCUGUUAAAACUGGAAUGCCAGUUACUCGAUGGAAUGAUAUUUCAGGCCUGCAUAGAGCAACAGUUUGAUUCUCUAAAUGGUGGAGUGUCAGUGUCAAAGAACAGCACGUUUGCUGAAGAAUUUGCUCACACUCUUCGCACAGCUUUUGCAAAUGUUGAAACCAAACUUGGUGAACCUUCAGAAAUUGACCAGAGAGAUAAAUAUGUGGGCAUCUGUGGCCUCUUUGUACUGCAUUUUCAGAUUUUUCGGACCAUAGACAAGAAAUUUUACAAGUCAUUGUUGGAUGUCUGUAAAAAGGUACCAGCUAUCACCUUAACGGCUAACAUUAUCUGGUUUGCUGAUAACUUCCUGAUUCAGAAGAUACCAGCUGCUGCCAAACUUCUGGACAAGAAAAGUAUUCAUACAGUUAAACUGCAAAGGGAAAACUUCCUACAACAGAAGGCACAGUCACUUACCAAAGAUAUGCAGUCAUAUUAUGUUUUUGUGAGCUCAUGGAUGACAAAAAUGGAAUCUAUCUUAUCAAAAGAGCAACGUGUGGAUAAGUUUGCUGAAGAUCUGUCAAACCGCUGCAAUGUCUUCAUCCAGGGUUUUCUUUAUGCAUACAGUCUUAGCACCAUCAUUAAAACUACAAUGAAUCUCUACAUGUCAAUGCAAAAACCUAUGACCAAAACCUCAGUGAAAGCUCUAUGCAGGCUUGUGGAACUUCUGAAGGCAAUAGAACACAUGUUUUACCGAAGAAGUAUGGUUGUGGCUGAUUCUGUGACACACAUUGCUCAGCAUCUGCAGUAUCAGGCUCUUCACACUAUUUCUGUAGCCAAGAAAAGAAUAAUUUCUGAUAAAAAGUACAGUGAGCAACGCCUGGAUGUCCUCUCUGCUUUGGUGUUGGCUGAGAACACCCUUCAUGGGCCAAGUACGAAACAGAGGCGAUUAAUUGUUUCCCUUGCACUAAGUGUGGGAACACAGAUGAAAACUUUUAAAGAUGAAGAACUCCUUCCCCUUCAGCUAGUUCUGAAAAAACUAGACUUGAUCAGUGAACUUACAGAGAGAAUUCGAGCACAAUGUGACUGUUGUUUCUUGUACUGGCAUCGAGCAGUCUUUCCAAUCUAUUUAGAUGAUGUGUAUGAAAAUGCAGUUGAUUCUGCUAGAUUGCAUUAUAUGUUUAGUGCACUGCGGGACUGUGUACCUGCUAUGAUGCAUGCAAGACACUUGGAAUCUUAUGAGGUGCUUCUGGAAUGCUAUGACAAAGAAAUCAUGGAAGUGCUUAAUGAGCACUUGCUGGACAAGUUAUGUAAAGAAAUAGAAAAGGACCUGCGCUUAUCAGUUCAUACACAUCUAAAGCUGGAUGACAGAAACCCUUUCAGAGUUGGUAUGAAGGAUCUAGCUCACUUCUUCUUUCUGAACCCAAUACGUUUUUUCAAUCGAUUCAUUGACAUUAAAGCUUAUGUAACUCACUAUUUGGACAAGACCUUCUACAAUUUAACGACUGUAGCUCUUCAUGACUGGGCCACCUACAGUGAAAUGAGAAACCUAGCAACUCAACGCUAUGGUUUAAGUAUGACUGAAGCACAUCUUCCCAGUCAGACUCUGGAACAGGGUCUGGAUGUUUUGGAAAUCAUGAGAAACAUUCAUGUUUUUGUAUCCCGCUACCUCUACAAUCUGAAUAAUCAGAUCUUCAUUGAAAGAACAAGUAAUAACAAACACUUGAACACUAUCAAUAUCCGACACAUUGCUAAUUCAAUUCGAACUCAUGGAACAGGAAUCAUGAACACAACAGUAAAUUUUACGUACCAAUUUUUGAGGAAAAAGUUCUAUAUUUUUAGCCAGUUCAUGUAUGAUGAGCAUAUCAAAUCCAGGCUUAUCAAGGACAUCAGAUUCUUCAGGGAAGUCAAGGAUCAAAAUGAUCACAAGUAUCCCUUUGAAAGAGCAGACAAAUUCAACCGUGGCAUCAGAAAACUUGGAAUAACCCCGGAUGGCCAGAGCUAUCUUGACCAGUUCAGACAACUGAUAAGUCAAAUUGGCAACGCUAUGGGUUAUGUGCGAAUGAUAAGAUCUGGUGGACUUCACUGCUGUAGCAGUGCAAUUAGGUUUGUUCCUGAUCUGGAAGAUAUCGUUAACUUUGAAGAGCUGGUGAAAGAAGAAGGACUCUCAGAAGAAACACAAAAAGCAGCAAGACAGUUGGACUCUGUCCUUGGUGACCUCACACGUAACUUUGCAGAGGGAACAGAGUACUUCAAAAUGCUUGUGGAUGUGUUUGCUCCUGAAUUCCGCAGUCCAAAGAACAUGCAUUUGCGGAACUUCUAUAUAAUUGUUCCUCCACUGACCCUCAAUUUUGUAGAGCAUUCUAUCAGUUGCAAGGAGAAAUUGAAUAAGAAGAACAAAAGUGGAGCAGCUUUCACCGAUGAUGGGUUUGCUAUGGGUGUGGCUUACAUUCUGAAGCUUUUGGAUCAGUACCAGGAGUUUGAUUCUCUGCACUGGUUCCAGUCUGUUAGAGAGAAGUAUGUGAAGGAAAUCAGAGCAGUAGCUAAGCAACAGAAUGUGCAGUCCACAAAUCAAGAUGAAAAACUACUACAAACUAUGAACCUUACCCACAAGCGACUGGAAGUUUGUUUACAGGAAUUUGAACUCCUUUACUUCUCACUCAGUAGUGCAAGAAUCUUUUUCAGAGCAGAUAAAACUGCAGCAGAAGAAAACCAGGAAAAGAAAGAAAAAGAAGAAGAAUCUGUUAAAACCAGCAAUGGUGAACUCCCCAACUCGAUGCCUGCAGAUCCUGUUGUGAAAUGAUGUGGCUGGUCUGAUUUGCAUCCACAGAAGUAAGGAAAUCCAGAGCCAAGACAGAACCACAAUCAGCUCUUCCUUUUAUGACCAGGCACUGUGUGAUGGGUGUCUGUAACUAUUAAGUGAUCUUACAGUUCAUGAAUAUGUUGUGCCUAAUUGCAAGUUUCAGCCUCAAUGCUGUAUUUCCUGGCCUGUGUAGGCUUGUUGUACCGUCCGUGUUGUUCAUACAGUCUUACAUGCCUGAUUGUUAACAAUAAUUGCACUGCAGGCUUCAGAAGCUGCUGAACACUGUGAGAACUCUGUAUAAAUGUAACAUCCAUUAAUGCCUGCAAGUAGAGGUUUUAGACUGUGCAAGAGUUACUCAGAUUCCUAACUUCAGUAAGUAGCUAGACAUAGCUUAAAAGUAAACCCCACUCUCAUUAAAAGAUAGGAUUGUGUUUUCAUCUCCCAGAACAUACAAAAACUUCUAGGUCUUACUAACUAGAAGAAACUACUCCAGUCAGUUCAAUGGAGAAUACCUUUUUGGGGGUUUUGUUUUUGGCACUCUUGUUUUAGACCAUCCAUGCCAGCUUCUUUCAUCUCUUCACAUUACAAAAAAGUGAUGUUUUAGCAGUUCAAAUUGUUCCAUCCACCCUGGGUCACUAGCUAAAACAAUUCCUGUUAUAAUUCUGAUUUGCCCUUUUCUGCCACUCACUCUGAUGUCCAGAAAACUAGGACAGAUAUUUUGUUGCAACUGGAAAGACCAGACUGAUGCUAAAGUCCUUUUGGUCCUGGAAACAUGACACAGAAGCUUCAUGGACUGUAUAAAUCAGCUGGACUCAUCACAAGUUUUGGUUUUAAUACGCUCUCAGUGCAGAGACUGCCCUAAUUUUACAAUUUUUGCUUUUUUAUUUUGAUACAGGUAUUUUUUUGGUAAUUCAUGUACACUUCCUUUUCUGACCACAUUAUGCCCACACUGAACACUCAGCGCUGCAGAGAUCAGCUGCUGCACUGCUGUGCUGCUGCUGCUCAUUCCCAUCCUUUUGCAACUGCAGUGUGUGUAUUUCCAUAUUCCUAUCUCAGCUGAAGUCCCAGGAGUUCUUGGCUUGCAAUGGCCAAGCACUGCAUUUCUUUCAUCAGCUGCAGAAUCAUGCAUAGAUGGUGUUCAGUACCCCUGGGUGCACUUGCUAGGUAGAUAUGCACAGUCAAGACAUUACCUUCACUCUAAUAAAAUCUGUACUUUUCCCUCCUUUUGGAAAGACACUGUCGUGGAUAGGAAAUACACUGCAGUUGAACAUGAAUUGGACUGUGCAUUUUCUCAGCAAACUGCUGUGAUUCUAGUGCUGGCAGUUCUGCAGGCAAAACAUAAGCCUAUUUUUAUAGAACCCUGUUUAAUCUGGGAGACCUGAAUGUAUACUAUAUGUGGCAGAAAUAUAUAUACACACAAAUAUGUACAGUAAUAGUAGAGUUAUUCUUGCUAAUACAGGAUUGUAGUUUAUAUUUCCUCCUUUCGUUCUGUCAUGUAGCAGCAUACACGAUUUUCCUCAUCUGAAAUACAAAGUGGGUCCUGGAUUUGGAUGUGUCACACACCCCUCUGUCAGUAAGAGGCACAUUAAAUCCUUUUUCCCUUCCACAAGGAGCUGGAAGGGGGUGCAGAGGUCUUGCAUGUGGUGCUACUAUUAUUCUCAUUGCUUUUGCCCUCCUGUUCUGAUUAUGGGAACAAAAUGGAUCCUGGGCUGGAGAUUAGACUGUGGAGCUAAAACAAAAAAAUCCCCCAAACUAAACUGAAUGCUCUCACUCAAAAAUCCCAGAGGUGAUAAAAGGAAAGUGAGGAUGAUGAGUUUGCUCCAGGGACAUAAUGCAGGUCUCUAGGUGUUUUCCUUCAAGACAGGGCAGAACUAGGCUGAAGUGUGGCUGCCCUCAUGUGCUCAGUCUUGUGUCAAGUGGUAGCAGCUGUUCUGCCAGAGGUAUCACAAACCAAUUCUGGUAUGGCACUGUGCCCUUUUGUGCCAGAAGCCAGGGGGCUGCCUUGCUGGUCCUCCUCCCAGCAUGGUGGUAAGGGAGAGUGGAGCCAGUUGAUGCCUCACUCAGCCCCAAAGUCAAAAGGCAUUUGCAGUGAGUUGUCUCUAAGUAACUGUCCCAGUGGCACCCAACUGCUGUGAGGUGCAUGGUACUGGUGCUGAAGGGUAGAUUCUGUAAUUGGAAGUAAAUUUGAGUUUUCAUCUGACAUCCAUUAACAACAGCUGUUUUCAGCUUCUCAGGUACAAAGGACCAAAUGUAACACUUAAUGUUUCCUAACUCAGUGUACAAAAGGGUAUUUUGUUACCUCGGUCUCUUUGGUUUGUGAGUAGAGAACAUGUAUAUAAAACUGUGUUAAUAAAUGCAAUUUUGAGAACCU